AUGGCAUCGGUUCAGAUAUUUGACUUCUCGGCCAGAUUGUUUGGCCUCGGGAACGGAAACUGGACACGGGACCUGCUCGUUGUUGAGACAGAAAACAUUUUAGAAACAAUGGUGGCUCAGGACAUUUACACUCGCUUCCUUGAAAGUGUCUUGGUGCAGCUUCAAGUACUUGGAGGAGAAGUGGAUAUUGUUCCCGGAUCGCAACACACUUUCCUCGCCUAUCACCUCCAAGAAGCUUCUCUAGCCGAACUUGCCUAUGCUGCGAGACAGGUCGGGAAUGUCAACCCGGUCGUGCCGUCUGGUCAGGACAGAGAACACAAGGCAGCAAACAUUCCUCCCUCGGAAGACUGCAAGAUGCCCAAGAUGGCACCAAAAGACCCUCCUCCCUGCCUCGAUCUCUCAUCAACUCCAUACUUCAAGAAGAUUGUAUUGAAUCCCAUUAUGAGUCGAGAACAGAUCAUUCAAAGCCACGAUCCUCGCACGGAUGCCCUUAACUUUGUAACCAAGGGUGGUCGAUAUUCUCUCAGGGUGGAAGAGUUCAUCGAGGCCGGCAGACCAGAUGGUAGCGAGUCGCACGGCGCCCCUGCGACGCGCUAUAUCACGUCCAAUGGACAAGUAGUGAACGCGCCUGCCAUCAAGGGCAUCUCGGGCCACGUUAUCGGCACGGGGCAGUCGUUUACUAUUCGCGACGACUACGACUUUGACAACACCACUGUUACCGGGAAGGGGUACCAUGUGAAUGCACAGCUGGGCAAGACGACGGUAGCCUUCACCUCGGGCCAGAAUAGCCCCCAGGCAUAUUAUGAUCGGACGAAUAUGGCUGGAGAGAGGUUGUAUUACGAUGGGAUGCAGGCUGCUGCUUCAUGGUAUACGCAGGGUCGUUCGCGCUGA